CAAGAACAGUUUUGUGUGUUAGAAGCUCCCAAAAUUAAUUUAACUCUACUUAUAUUAUACUAUACUGCAUUCGACGGUUAUCGGCGCCGCCCCUGCAUCAUCGCUGCUUCGACGGUGGUAGUGUAUCGGUACAGAGCUCAGGCUGUCAGUUGGCCGACGGCAGUUGAGGACUUGAGGAUUUGAAUUUGGAUAAUAAUUAGUUGCAAUCCUCGAUGAACUGGUCCGUAAAUCAUUUAAGCACCUUGCUUCAGAAUUGCAUGAAAUUGAGACUCCUUCAACAAUGCAAGCAAAUUCAUGCAAUUAUGUUAACAUCAUGCCUAGAUAUGAACGUUCUGGCACUGAAUUCAAAGCUUGUUGGUGUCUAUGCUAGUUGUGGAGACUUAGUUUCUGCUGAAUUUAUAUUUCAAAGGACACACAAUCCAAAUAUUUUUGCAUUCAAUUGGAUGAUCUCAGCUUUAAUAUUCAAUGGCUACCCCAAAAAAGCCAUUGGGUAUUUGUCCUUGCUCCUAGAAUCAGGAACUAUUAUGAAUAAUUACACAAUCUCUAUAAUCUUGAAAGCUUGCUUGGGUAUGAAGGAUUUGAGGAAAGGAAAGGGAGUUCAUUGCAUGCUAUAUAGAUUAGGUUUUCAAGUGGAUUUACCAAUUGGUAAUGCAUUACUCGACAUGUAUGGGAAACUUGGAAACAUGCAUUAUGCACGUUCAUUGUUUAACGCAAUGUCAAUGAGAGAUGUUGCAACCUGGACAUCGAUGCUAUAUGGGUAUUCGAGCAUGGGAAAUAUUGAAGAGUGCCUUAAUCUGUUUGAAAGAAUGAGGCAUGGUGGCCUGAAGCCAAAUGAGUUCACGUGGAACGUAAUCAUAUCUGCAUGUUCCAGGAGAGGAGAUUCAGAUGCUGCUUUUCUUUUGCUGUCUAAGAUGAGUAAAGAGGGAUUGGAGUGUGAUUUGGUGACUUGGAAUGCAAUGAUUUCGGGGUUCGUGCAAAGCCAACGAUAUGAUGCAGCAUUUGCAUUGUUUCAAGAAAUGUUAGCUGCGGGUCAAAAUCCAAAUGAAACCACUUUCACCUCACUUCUUACCAUGUGUGGAUUGAUUGGUGCAGUUAAGACAGGGAAAGAAAUCCACGGCUCGAUAUACAGAACAAGGAUUAAUAUCAAUGCCUUUGUUUCAAGUGCUCUUGUAGAUAUGUAUGCAAAAUGUGGAAGCGUAAAUGAUUCUUGGAAUGCAUUUAUAACAGCUCCUGUCAAGAAUUCAGCAUCAUGGAAUUCAUUAAUAGGAUGCUAUGGAAAACAUGGCAUGGUAGACUACGCAAUAAAACUCUUUGAGAAGAUGCAAUAUGAAGGAGUGCAAGCAACUGAACUUACUUUCACUUCUCUUCUUUCUGCAUGUAGUCACAAUGGAUUAGUUAAGAAAGGCUUGGAAAUUUUUAGAUCCAUGGAUGUGCUCUAUGGCAUUCAUGCAAAGAAAGAGCACUAUGCAUGCAUCGUUGAUCUACUGUGUCGUUUUGGUUGGAUGGAUGAAGCUUAUAAUACCAUAAUACAAAUGCCAAUAGACGUUACAGAGUCAAUUUUAGGUUCUUUCUUUAAUGGUUGUAAGGUUCAUGAGAGGAAAGAUCUUGUUGAAAUGUUGUCUACGAAAAUUCCGAAGAUGGAGUUGAGGAUGCCAGGAAGUACUGUCAUCCUAUCUAAUGUAUAUGCAGCUCAAGGAGAGUGGGAAAAGGUUGAAACAAUGCGGAAGAUGUUGAAGUACAAAAGUUUCAAUAGGAUCCCUGGUUCCAGUUGGGUGUCUGGUGUAGAAGACAAAUCAAAAGGAUAAGGUUAUGAGGAAAUUUGUCAUUGUUGACAAUGCCACGGGAAUGGGGAACUUUUAACAAAUGAAGAAGUAAUAGCUGAUGUUAGACAUUGUUGGUAGGGCUGUUCAAGUUGUCAUGGAAAGAAAAAAAAAGGGCCUGAUCCAACUGCUUGGUCCAUACUCCUAAAUGGGUCCGAAACUCCGAAUAGCAGCUCCACACUCGCAAGGCCACACUUAUGAGAGCGGUUCAAUGUUUUCUGCUUAGUGUUGCUCCUCAAGGUUUUAAUCACUCCCAGAUCCUCACCUGGCUUCUCUGAUUCUGUUUUGCAGGUCCGGACCACUAAAAGAUGGUACAGUACAUAAACACUUUCCGUCCCUAAUCAAAUCCUAAUUAGCUUGAUUUGUUCAUCAAUAAAAAGGUUUGCUUUGA